AUGAAGAUGCUGGAUAGAAAUGAUUCCUUAUUGACUGAGUUCAUUCUUGCUGGAUUAACAGAUCGUCCAGAGCUCCAACAACUCCUCUUUUACCUGUUCCUAAUGAUCUACAUCGUCACAAUGGUGGGCAACCUUGGCUUGAUUACUCUUAUUGGUCUAAAUUCUCACCUCCACACCCCCAUGUACUAUUUUCUCUUCAACCUCUCUUUCAUUGAUCUCUGUUAUUCUUCUGUUUUCACUCCCAAAAUGCUGGUGAACUUUGUAUCAAAGAAGAAUAUCAUCUCCUAUGUUGGGUGCAUGACUCAGCUAUUUUUCUUUCUCUUUUUUGUCAUCUCUGAAUGCUACAUGUUGACCUCAAUGGCCUAUGACCGCUAUGUGGCGAUCUGUAACCCAUUGCUAUAUAAGGUCACUAUGUCCAAUCAGGUCUGUUCUGUGUUAACUUUUGCAGCUUAUACAAUGGGAUUUGCUGGAGCCACUGCCCACACAGGGUGCAUGCUUAGACUGACCUUCUGCAGUGCUAAUGUCAUCAACCACUACUUGUGUGACAUACUCCCCCUCCUCCAACUGUCUUGCACCAGCACCUAUGUCAAUGAGGUCGUAGUGCUCAUUGUUGUGGGUAUUAAUAUCACAGUUCCCAGUUUCACCAUUCUGAUUUCUUAUGUUUUUAUCCUCACCAGCAUUCUUCAUAUCAAAUCCACUCAAGGGAGAUCAAAAGCCUUCAGUACUUGUAGCUCUCACAUCAUUGCUCUUUCUCUCUUUUUUGGGUCAGGAGCAUUCAUGUAUCUUAAAUAUUCUUCUCCUGGAUCUAUGGACCAGGGAAAAGUUUCUUCUGUUUUCUAUACUAACGUGGUGCCAAUGCUCAACCCCCUCAUCUAUAGUUUGAGGAAUAAGGAUGUCAAAGCUGCACUGAGGAAAGUGCUGGUUAACAUUCAGGGGAAACACACAUUCUAA